AUGGCAACAGUAACUGAAGGAAACGAGCAACAACCAGAACAAACAUUUAAUUCACUAAAUCGCUCACCUUAUCAUGUCAAAUUUAGUGAUAAUAAUCAAAGUUUUCCACAACAACAAAUUAACACAAAUCAAGACAAUAUAUCAUCAUCGUCUCGACAUGGCUCAUUAUCAUCUACUGAAAAAAGUGGGCGUUUUGUUGUUGUUAAAUCAUCUGAAGUAUCGGAUACAAAUGAGAAUGAUGCAAUUAAUAAUAUAAAUUCAACAACUGAAAAUGAAAAACUACCAUUACAAACUGGACAAACAUCUGAUACUUCCAUUAAAUUAAAUGAAAGUAUUUAUGAAGAACGUGAUGAUCGACCACGAACAGUACUAGAUCAACUAUAUAAUUAUAAAGGUGGUAUUGUACCAAAUGCGGCAGAAGCUGACAAACCAGCAGGAAAUCAACAGAAAUCAGCAAAUCUUGGUACAAUAUUUGGUGUUUACCUUCCAUGUGUUCAAAAUAUAUUCGGUGUUAUUGUAUUUAUUCGUCUUUUUUGGUUAAUUGGUAUUGCUGGUGCACUUCAAACACUUUUAAUUGUUCUUAUUUGUAGUUCAUGUACUCUUCUAACAGCUAUUUCAAUGGCAGCUAUUGCUACAAAUGGUUUAGUACCAGCCGGUGGAGCUUAUUUUAUGAUAUCUCGUUCACUUGGACCUGAAUUUGGUGGUGCCGUAGGAAUAUUAUUCUAUCUUGGUAAUACAUUUGCUGCGUCGAUGUAUAUUGUUGGAGCUGUUGAAAUUGUCGUCAAAUAUAUGUGUCCAGAAAAAUGUCGUCUAUUUGGUGAUGAUGUUGAAAAACCAUUAAUAGCCUUUAAUCAUUAUCGUAUAUAUGGUACUAUACUUCUUCUACUUAUUGGAACAUGUGUUUUAAUUGGUAUUCGAUUUGUAACAAAAAUUGCUCCAUUUUCAUUGUUUGCUGUUGUUAUAUCUAUAUUGGCUAUAUAUGCUGGUGUUAUUAAAAGUUCAUUUAGUCCACCAGAUUUACCUAUUUGUCUUGUUGGUUCAAAUCCAAGUCAUUUAAUAAAAUCUAAUGUAUUAAAUAAUGAUAUACGUCGUUAUUGUCAUGCAGAUAAAUGGUGUAAUGAGGGUAAUGAAACUAUACCAUGUCCACUUUAUGCAUCUAUAUGUAAUAAAACAAUAAAUACAUUAUGUUCAUCAGAUGGUCAUAUAAAUGAUGUUCGAAUUGAACAAGGUGUACCUGGCUUAAAACAUUGGCAAUUAUCCGAAAAUCUUUUUUCACAUUAUCGUGCUGAAGGUGAAAUUGAACGUGAUAUAAAAGGUGAUGCAACAUUUGAAGUUGUUGCACAAGAAUUAACAACGUUUUUAAUACUUGUUGGUAUUUAUUUUCCAUCGGUUACCGGUAUUAUGGCCGGUUCAAAUCGUAGUGGAGAUUUACGUGAUCCAAGUCGAAGUAUUCCACGUGGAACUAUUGCUGCUAUAUUAACAACAUCAUUCGUUUAUUUAUCAAACGUAAUUUUUUUGGCAGCAUGUACACAUGGCUCAUUAUUAAGAGAUAAAUUUGGUGAUAGUAUUAAUAAACAAUUAGUCGUGUCAGUUUUAGCAUGGCCAAGUAAAUGGGUUAUUAUGAUUGGAGCAUUUUGUUCAACUGUUGGAGCUGGUUUACAAACAUUAACAGGUGCACCAAGACUUUUACAAGCUGUUGCUAAAGAUGAUUUAAUACCAAUACUUCGUCCAUUAGCAAAAUCUUGGCGAGGUGAACCAAUACCAGCACUUUUUCUUACAUUAUUUAUUUGUGAAUGUGGAAUAUUAAUAGCUGAUGUCGAUAAACUUACAGCACUUCUAUCAAUGUUUUUUUUAUUAUGUUAUGGAUUUGUUAAUUUAGCUUGUGCAUUACAAACUAUUUUAAAAGCACCUAGUUGGCGACCGCGUUUUCGUUUUUAUCACUGGAUUCUUUCUUGUAUAGGUGUAGUUCUUUCUGUUUCAAUUAUGUUUAUUGCUUCAUGGUAUUUUGCUUUUAUUGCCAUGUUGAUUGCAAUAAUCAUAUAUAAAUUUAUUGAAUAUAAAGGAGCGGAAAAAGAAUGGGGAGAUGGUAUACGUGGUUUAUCAAUGUCAGCAGCUCGUUAUGCAUUAUAUCGUGUUGAUGAAGCUCCACCACAUACAAAAAAUUGGAGACCUCAAUUACUUGCAUUCAUUAGUAUUAAAAGAAAUGAUGAGAAUGAAACAUAUACAUUACGUCAUUCGAAAAUAUUCAAUUUUCUGUAUCAACUUAAAGCUGGAAGAGGUUUUGUUGUCGCAGCCAAUGUUCUUGAAGGUGAUUAUCUUGAAAAACAUCAACAGAUUGAACCAAUUCGUGCAUUAUUAAAAUCUGGUUUGGCUCAAGCUAAAAUACAAGGCUUUGCUGAAGUAUUGGCUGCUAAAGAUGUCGAAGAUGGUCUUAGUACAUUAAUUCAAACGGAAGGUUUAGGUGGUUUAAGACCAAAUACAAUUGUUAUCUGUUGGCCAACACAAUGGAGAAAAGAUUUUGAUAGCUUUACAGCUGAAGCAUUUAUACGUACUAUUGCUAUUGCUGAAGUUCGUCAAUGUGCUGUAAUUGUUCCGAAGAAUAUUGAUAAUUUUCCUGAUUUGAAAGAAAAUCAAGAUGGUACAAUUGAUAUAUGGUGGAUUAUACAUGAUGGUGGUCUUCUUUUUCUUAUUGCUUUUCUAUUAAAACGUAAUAAAGUUUGGUCACAUUGUCGUAUACGUCUAUUUACUGUGACACAAAUUGAAGAUAAUUCAGUUGCUAUGAAAAGAGAUCUUGAAAAAUAUAUGUAUCAAUUACGUAUCCAAGCAGAAGUUGAUGUUGUUGAAAUGGCCGAUCAAGAAAUUUCAGCUUAUGCUUAUGAAAGAUCACUUAGAUUAGCUGAACGUAUUAAACUACUGAAAGAUUUGAAAUUAGGUGAUAAAGAUCUCCAACUUCAAUCUCAAAUACCUAUGGAAACAAUAAUAAACAGUCAACAACAACAACAACGAAGAUCUAGUUUUGAUGAUUCAAAUAAUCAAUAUCAUUAUACAUUUACACCCAAUCAAUUGGAAAGUUUUAAACACAAUGUAACUGAAUCAUCUAUGCGUAAAAUGCAUUCAGCUGUAAGACUCAAUGAACAAAUUAAAGAACGUUCACGUGAUGCUAAACUUGUUCUUAUUAAUCUUCCAUCACCACCAACAAAACAAUCAACUUUAGCUGCAUAUUCUUAUAUGGAAUACGUUGAUGUAUUAACAGAAGGUUUAGAUAGAUUAUUAUUAAUGCGUGGUAGUGGACGUGAAGUUAUUACAAUAUUUUCUUAA